UCACGGGAAGAAAAGGGGAGGAGGAAAAUGUACAACUAUAAUUUCUGCUUUGUUGACCAGCCCGGUCCGUUACAGCCCACUUUUCUCCCCCCCCAAUCCUUUCGUGCCGGAGGAAGAACUCAUGACACACUCGCACGCAGACACACCCACAUACUGAAAUAAAAAGUUGAGUCCAAGUGCAGCGCUGUAGUUGGUGCAGGCGAGCAUGGCCGGCGGUUCGGUGUCGGAGUGCAAGGAGUACUUGUUCAAGGUGCUGGUGAUCGGGGAGCUGGGCGUGGGCAAGACGAGCAUCAUCAAGCGGUAUGUGCACCAGCUCUUCUCCCAGCACUACCGAGCCACCAUCGGCGUAGACUUCGCCCUCAAGGUCCUCAACUGGGACAGCAAGACGCUCGUCCGACUGCAGCUCUGGGACAUCGCAGGUCAGGAGCGGUUCGGGAACAUGACGCGGGUGUACUACAAGGAGGCGGUAGGGGCCUUUGUGGUUUUCGACGUGACCAGGGGUUCCACGUUCGAGGCCGUGUCCAAGUGGAAGCACGACCUCGACAGCAAGGUGAAGCUGGCCAACGGCAGCCCCAUCCCCUCGGUACUGCUGGCCAACAAGUCUGACCAGAAGAAGGAGGGUUUUAAAGACACGACGCUCAUGGAUAACUUCUGCAAGGAGACGGGCUUCCUGGGCUGGUUCGAGACAUCCGCCAAGGACAACAUCAAUGUGGACGAGGCGGCCAAAUUCCUGGUGGAGAACAUCUUGGCAAACGACAAGGGCUUGCCGUACGAGGAGAGCAACAGAGACCGCAUCAGACUGGACCAGGAGUCUGUGGCGGCGGAGAGCAAGCCGGGCUGCUGCUAACAUUCGAUACGUUCACACUAACAGACACAAAACGCGCCCCUGACGCCGUCGUCCCCUUUAGAUGCAAGCAAGGGCGAGAAUGUUUUGGGAGGACUGAGGCUUGGUUUCAUUUUAUACAUUCUUUUUUUUUUAAUAGUAGCUUUCCCGACAGCAACAUGUUAUCUUGAUGGCCUCCAAAAGAGCUUCACAGUCUCUUAUCAUCCACCUUCAAACCACUCUGCGUUUGUUUUAUUCCACCACUAAGAAUUAAUCCCAAGCCGCAAAUACUUGACAUUGGUCCGUUGUUGGACCUGGACUUUACCCGUUGACAAGGACUGGGGGUUAUCCAGCUCUCCAUCCAUGAUCUGAACCACUUAAUGCGGGUGUGCUGGAGCCUAUCUCAGCUGACUUUUGGUAGUAGGCGCUGUAAACCCUGAACUGGUUGCCAGCCAAUGGCAGUGGUUGUGGCAAUUUUUUUUUAGUUUAUUAUUAUAAUUACGUUAGACAACCUGGACACCCUUGCUGCCUUUUAUGUGUGAGACACUUCACUUUUUAGUGCUUGCCACUGUGUAUGCAAAAGGGGUAUAAAGCCUUUUUUCCACCUCUUUAAAAAACUAUGCACUCUUGUUUGUCGCUCUGCAUUCGAUUUCACGACAGUGCCAUAGUUAAGCAUUAACGGUGUUACUGUGCUGUUUGUACAGCUGUAAACGUGAUUUGUACAGCAGUUCUGACAUAUUCGGCUGUAUUUCCUCAAAUAAAUGCCUCUGCAAUUGAAUAAAAAAAUUUCCCCAUGGCGCUAUUUGAGGAAAUACAGAUUUGUUUUUAUCUUACUCAAUAAAACAUUGUUUUGAACACUUAGGAAGGAACACUCUAUUUUAGGAAGCUCAUAGUGGCGAUAAAGAUGUAUCUGAUUUGCGAUGUGUGUGCUAAAAUGCCUCGGUGCUCAUCCAUUAUUUAAUGUCUGAUUAAAAAAAAACAUGAUCUCCUGUAAAUUGUGCAUGAAGAGUCGUUUUACACGCGUUUACAUGUGAAAAUAUGAGGAGAAUAAACAGUUUUACCGAUGCAUAUUGACUGCUUGGUAAAUGUUCUCAUGCUGUCUAGAUUAAAUUGAAUUUAUCUGUAUAUAA